UUAAUUUCAUGAGCUUUAAUUUUCAUUCUUAUUUGCUUAAUUGUAAAUAAAAUAAAUUUUCGUUUCAUAAGAUUAGUUCAGCAUCCAUUGGAGAAGAUGAAGUCACUAGAUGUGAAUGUUGGUUGAAAUCAACUGACAUUUUUGUUGCUCACAAGAUUUUGAAAUAUCAAACAUGAAUUGAUGUUUGAUCUUUCUGAUAUUGGAUUAUUUGUGAAAGAGCAUAAUGGCAUCUUGUACAAUUCCAUCUAAGUUGCCUUCAUCAAACAAAUGUUCAUUUGAACCUUCAGACAAGAAUUCAAGCAAUACGUUGAAGCGCCAUCCAAAAACAGAACUCAAUAAGAAUGAUCUUCUACAUUUGUUGAGUGUAUUAGAAGGUGAAUUGCAAGCACGAGAAAUAGUAAUAGCGGUUCUUAAGGCUGAGAAGAUAAAACAACCGCUUUAUCCUUGCAAGAGAACAAAUGCAAGUAGUGAUCCUUGGGCAGCUCUUCAUAGAGAUGUAUUUGGUGCUUUUGAUGCAAUACUAGAUGAGGUAACAGUAAAAACAUUAUAUAAUAUGCAGUUACAACAAUUAGAAAAUUUUAUUCUACAACAGCAGAAAGCACGGGAAAAAUUACAGAAACAAUUGAGAAGUGGAGAAGAAAGAUUUGAAAAACUUGUUGUUGAAUUAGAAGAUGAAAAAUGUAAGCAUGCACAAGAUACAGCUCAAGGAGAUGAUGUUACUUAUAAUUUUCAUUUCAUAAUAUCAAAUGGUCCAAAGGAUAUGGUGAAGGAUGAUGAAUUUGAUUCUUGGAGAAACCAACCCCAUCCUACAUAUAAUCCACCAUUGUCUUCUUCAAGUAUGGCAGAUUAUAUGCCAAGCUAUUAUGCUUCAAUGUCAUUUCCUUACUUGAAUCAAGGCUUAGAUGGAGCAUGGAGUAAUGGUGGUGAUCCAAUGACUUUUCUUGGAGGUUAUGGUGGACAGAUGGGUAGUGGAGACCAACAUUCUCAUUACAUGGAUGGCAUGUUUGGUCAGAGUGGAUUUAGUGGCUACAACCAAGGAUUUAAUUUUUUUCCAGGUAGCAGUGGUGAUUAUUCUGCGUGGGGAAAUUCUAGCAUGGGUGGUUCUCGUAAAACUGGCAGUCAUGGAGCAUAUCAUGAUGAAUAUUAUAGGGAUUCCUAUGAUCAAGGAAUGGAUCGAGGUGGUUUAAAACAUGUAGAACAAGGAAUGGGUGGACUUUCCUUAAAUGAACAUAAAGGUGAUAAUCAAUUUACAAAAGAUGCUUAUUCAAAAGGAGUGGCACCAGGCUCUGGCAAUGUAAUGAAUGACCAUCAGCUGGGGAAGAAAUUUGUAUCUCCUCCAACAGACUCUCUUUCAAUGUCAAAUGCUGGGACAAGUGGAUCAGGACAGCCUGUUGGCUCCAAAAAAACAUGGGCUUCAAUUGCCAGUCAACCUGCAAAACCUCAGCCAAAGAUGAAACCAAAAUCUAUUCCACCUGCUCCAAUGCUUUCUGGUAAACAUAAUUCUCCUAGUAUGGAUAUUGGAACUUGGGAAAGUAAAAAUGGCAAUAGUAGUGGAAACAGUAGUACUUCGGGAAGUGGAAAGAUGGGACCUCCACCAUCAACACCUCAAGCAAGGUCAGCUCCCUGGGGUGCUCCUAGGGGUGUUCGUAGUGGUGGACCAUCUGGACCAGGUUAUAAUUCUCCGCAUCAGCAGCAGCAGCAGCAACAACAACAAACAAUUCCAAUUGCUCAGAGCCAUAAUACUGGGGGAGAUAAUUUCCCAUCACAUCCUGUUUUGGAUAAAUUGCGAAUGGAAAAUAACUAUAAUCCAAAAGAUUUUGAUUUAAAUCCUAAAAAUGCAAGAUUCUUUAUCAUUAAAUCAUAUUCAGAAGAUGACAUUCAUCGUUCUAUCAAAUAUUCUAUUUGGUGUUCUACAGAACAUGGAAAUAAGCGAUUGGACCAGGCAUUUCGUGAACGAGAGGGAAAAGGCCCUGUAUAUCUAUUAUUCAGUGUUAAUGGAUCAGGACAUUUUUGUGGUAUGGCAAAAAUGACAUCACCUGUAGACUACAGCUGUUCAUCUAGUGUUUGGGCCCAAGAUAAAUGGAAAGGUCAAUUCAAAGUAAAGUGGAUUUAUGUCAAAGAUGUGCCCAAUUUACAACUCAGGCAUAUACGAUUGGAGAACAAUGAAAACAAGCCAGUUACCAAUUCUCGGGAUACGCAAGAAGUGCCACCAGAGAAGGGAAAACAAGUGUUGAAGAUAAUUCAUAAUUUUCGUCAUUCUACUUCUAUUUUUGAUGACUUUCUGCAUUACGAGAAACGUCAGGAAGAAGAUGAACAACAUUCAUCAAUCCAGCAGAAUCGCCUUUCAGAAAAUCAAUCUUCAACCAUGCUUUAUAAAGGUAAAGUCCAUCCUAGAAAGGAAUGACCAUUAGCAAAUGUUGGUACCUAGGCUGUAUGAAUGGUUGGCCAUUGUUUUUCAACGGACAUUGUUUGUUGGCAACAUGGAGUCAACCACAUACUUCUAAUUUCCUUUAAAAAAGAAACCCAUCAUCUAGAAAUUUGUCAGCUACCUAUAAACUCCAUUGUUUUUUCUGCUUCUCAUCUUUGGCUAUCCUGUUAACCCUGCUUUCAUAGUUUACUUAUUUGCCAUUGUGCAUUGUGUUGGAUUUCUGGCACCUGGUUUUUUGUGGGACUAACAAAGGAAUACAAUUAUAUAUGAUAUAAAUAAAUCAAUUGUUUAAAAAAGUACAAGAAAAAUUGUCAAAAUACAAAUGGUACAUUUGUCAGACCAUCUACUGUUUAUUGCAGUGUGAUCAAUAGUGAUAUGGUUAAUUCUCAAGUGACACAUUCUGUCACAAGCAUUAACAGUACAGGACCAGCUUGUGCAGCACGAAGAAUGGGAAUCAAUGGCACAUGGACUUCAUUGUGGAUUUGGCAAACUCCCAAAACUCAGUAGAAAAUAAAUUUUCAAAGAAAGAUUUUUUGGCGGUCAACAACUAUCAUUAUUAUGGAAAUUGUGACCGUCCAUAAAAAUUUAUGGACAUCAGUUGCUCCUGUGAAGUGGAGAAAAUAGAAAACUCUAGGGGAAAAAAUUGUACGUAUAAAAAAAAUCCUGUUAAACAUCCUAUAAAAAAAAUACCCUCCAUCUACACAUCAACUAUUGCCGUGAUAUGAAGACAGCCUCCCAGCAGAUAACUUUAUUUGUUACUUUUUAAUUAAACUGAUAAAAAGUUUCUGGGGCACAACAUUGUUUUCAUAAAAUAAAAUAAGAAAAAAAAAAUUAACUAAUAAAUAAAUCAUUACAGAUGCACCUAAUUUUUGGCUGUCUUGUUUAAACUGUGUUGUUUAGAUCAUAAUUGCCAGACAGCGUGUUGUGCCCCAGCACUUUGAAAAUCAGUGUUGUGACCACCUGUAGGUUAUUGUGAGGGGGAGGCAAGGCAAACAGAAUUUAUAUGUGCCCAUUAUUAUUCAUUUUUGUUUAUUUUUCUCUCUCGUGCUUUAUACGUAUCAAUCACGGUUUUAAAAUUAGUUUAAACAUAACCGAUUAAUCGAGCAACAUAGAGUGAGAUGAAUUUUUGCUUGGACUAAGGGUGGAACCAGUAGCAAAGCCAUUAAAUUUGUAUAACAUUAUUAUAUAUAUCAUUUGUGUAUAUGAAUUGUAAUGAAUA